AUGCGCUUCCUCGCUGUCCUCGCCCUCUUCGCCUCGAUGGCUGUUGCCCGACCUGCUGAGAAUGGGAUGUUCAAUAUGGAGAUUUCUUGCAUUGGGCUCAACGACAGAAUGUGUAUCUCCAACUCGACCAGCGGGAUGGGCUGUUGUCCUCCCUUGACCUGCGGAGCGGAUCAUGUAAGUCUUUCUGUCUGGGGAUGGGUUGAGCUGGGCUGA